AUGUCAGUCGCUGAAUUCGUUGCUGCCGCCACAAAGGCAGAGCCAUCCCUAGCUGGCGAGAACGACAAGGCCAAAGCAGAGAUCUCAAAGUUGGAAUCUCAGACGGAGAGCAUGGCAGCGGAUCUCAAGUCUCUGAACGACAAGCUUACGCCUUUGACGUACCUCUAUGAAAACGCUCCAUCAUCAGCAGACGUUUCGCUCUACUGCCAUCUCCACCAACCUAUCUCUUCCAAUCCCGAAUUCAGCUCCAUACCCUCUGUGCUUCGAUACUUUCUCCAGAUUCAAUCCCUUCCUCCAACCGAGUCAGCCCACAAGCAAUUCCCGAACUCUUUCCCUCCUCUCGACAUCGAUAUCUCCAAACUUCCCAUACCGCCUCGUCAAGUCGUAGAAGCGGUCAAGAAGGAGAAGAAGCCCAAGGCGGAUGCAUCUGCGGCGGCUUCAGCGCAAGAAGGUGUGUUCGGUGCUGCCGUUGCUGCCGCUUCUUCAGUGGCUGCGACCGCCGCUGCGGUCGUCGGUUCAGCAGUCGAGACCGUCAAGAGUGCAGCGGGUGUAGAGGAUGGAAACAGCAAGAAAAAAGAGAAAAAGGAGAAGAAGGAGAAGCCUGCAAAGGUUCAACCUGCCAAAGCUGAACCUUUGGCCCCUAUGCCCAGUAUGAUUGACAUGCGAGUCGGCAAGGUUUUGGACGUCAAAAAGCACCCGGAUGCCGAGUCGCUGUAUGUUGAGCAGAUUGAUGUUGGAGAGGCAGAACCGAGGACUGUAUGCUCAGGUCUUGUCAAGUACAUGAAGGAGGAGCAAAUCCAAGGCGCGACCAUCAUUGUCAUUUGCAACUUGAAACCAGUCACUAUGCGUGGAGUCAAAUCGUACGCCAUGCUCUUGUGCGCGUCGUCCAAGGACGGUAAAGACGAAGGUGGAAUGGAAUUCGUUCUGCCGCCAGAGGGCAGUCAACCUGGAGAGAGGAUUUACUUCGAAGGAGAGAAAUAUGAGAAUGAAAAGCCAGAGGAACAGCUCAACCCGAAGAAGAAGAUCUUUGAGACUAUUCAACCCGGCUUUACCACGCUCGACACCCGAGAAGCAGCUUGGAUCGAUCCCGAGACCAAAUCUGUGCACAAGAUCAGGACAAAGGACGGCGUGUGCAGAGCUCCUUCAUUGGUCGGUGCCAGCCUCUCAUGA